UCGAAACGGCCAGGAGUCAAAUAAUCAAGUUCUGGCACUCAAGCUCGAUGAAGGAGUUCGAGUUGAUCUUCUCCGAGCGGGAUAUCGAGAAGAAAUUGGACGAUCUUGACGAAAUCAUCCAUGUGGCUCAGCACCGCAAAGACAACAAAGUGGAGCUUCCUGCCAACCUCGACAAGUUGAGCCCUAGUGAGAUAAUUGAGGCUACUAUCUUGAGCGGUUCAGACGAGUCGCUAGAAAACUUGAACAUGAUCUAUAACCAGUUGUGUGUGGAUAAUGCCGAGUUGUACCAAGAGCUCGAGGAGUUGGGACGCGUCAGCGAGGAGAUCAAGGGCGAUAUCGACAGCCUGUUGGGCGUAUUGAAGAGGGAAGUGGAGAUUUUGGGCAAAGACUUGAAGUUGGACGACUUGAUUAGCGAACUCGGGCCAAUAUGAGGUGUGUACAAAGAGUACUUCCACGUAUU